AUGGGGACCGAACUGAAGUUUUCCACGGCCUAUCAUCCUCAAACUGAUGGCCAAACUGAACGGAUGAAUCAGUUGCUUGAAGAAUAUCUCAGGCAUUAUGUGACCGCAAGCCAGGAUAAUUGGGUGGCAUUGUUGGAUAUGGCCCAGUUUUGUUAUAAUUUGCACAAGUCCUCGGCGACCGGUAUGAGCCCUUUCGAGCUGGUUUAUGGACAGCAACCCCAGCUACCGCAUGAUGUAGCGGUACAGCGGACUGGUGGGAAACGCCCCGCGGCAUAUCGAUAUGCUCGGGCGCAGCACAAACUCUUGGUAGAGGCUCGAGAUAGCCUUGCUAAGGCGCAGCGAAGAAUGAAGAAAUAUGCGGACCGCGGGCGACGGGACGUGCAAUUCGCUGUCGGGGAUCUCGUGUUGUUAAAAGUGAGCCCAAAAGUAUGGAAAAGGAUCUCGGCAAAGGCAGUCCAUCGUGGACUGAUUCCAAAGUACGAGGGUCCCUUUGAAAUCGUGAGCAAAGUUGGGAAUGUGGCCUAUCGGCUUAAGCUGCCUGACCGAUUGAAGGUACAUCCCACAUUUCAUGUAUCUUACUUGAAGAAGUACCAUCCUGAUUUUAUUGAGGCAAGCCGAAAUGUCUCUACUCGAGCUCCUCCAACGCGGUUGGGGAUGUCAACCGCAACUUGCCUGCGGGCCUAUAUAAAGGCCUUGAGCUGCACAAUCGCGGGUAAUGAGCGAUACCGCGAGUUUGUGUGCAUGCCUUGGUGA